CAAUCUUCCAAUAGGUACAGGGGUUCUGCUACAUUGCGUAACGAAUUAAACUACCAAAACAGAUAAAAAUACGUGCACUCUUAUUAUUAAUUUCAAAUGGUUACUGAUAUUUUUUUUUAUUGAAAUAGAUACGAAAUGAAUAGCCUUUGAGUAAUGAUAUAUCGAUACCAAAUCAUCGAUACGCCCAUCCUUAGACUGAGUAAUACGCUAUACCUAUACACGAGGCGUGAAGACGCGAAGAAUCAUCUAUUACCUCCACGAUUCGCCUUGCAUUUUCCAAAUUUUAGGUAGGAGGCAGUGGAGUUGACUUGAAAAGCAGACCAAAAAUCCUGUUUUUCCAACUAUGGAAAACUCUCCGGAGGACUACAGGAUCCAGUCGUUUGACCUGGAAACACAAAUAUUGCUCAAAACUGCCUUGAAAGAUCCGGGGUCAGUGAACCUGGAGAAGGUGUCCAACAUCAUCGUGGAUCAGUCACUGAAGGACCAAGUGUUCAGCAAAGAGGCGGGACGCAUCUGCUACACGAUUGUGCAGGCAGAAGCCAAGCAAAACAACGGCAGCGUGUUCAGGAGGAACUUGCUGAACAGACUCCAGCAGGAGUUCAAGGACCGUGAGGAGACCCGAGCUCGUUCCCUGCAGGAGUGGGUGUGCUUUGUCACCUUCAUCUGCAACAUCUACGACUACCUCAAAGUGAACAACAUGCCCAUGGUGGCGCUGGUCCAGCCCGUGUACGACUGUCUGACGAGGUUGGCGCAACCCGAUGCGCUGCUGAACGAAGAGGAGGUGGACUGCCUGGUGCUGCAGCUCCACCGUAUUGGGGAGCAGCUGGAGAAGUCCAGCAACCAGCGCAUGGACGAGCUCUUCUAUCUGCUGCGUGAUGGUUUCCUCCUCCAAGAGGGCCUCAGUUCCAUGGCCCGUUUGCUGCUGCUAGAGAUCCUGGAAUUCCGGGCGGGCGGUUGGGUGCUCAGUGGCACGGCGCACCGAUAUUACUACAGUGAAAUAGCAGACUGAGAUUGCCAGAGGACAAGAGUGAAGAUGAUACACCAGCAAUUUUCACCGCGGACAAGAAAAAUUUUGAAUAGGAAUUUAUUCUUUUAUUUAUCGUAGUUUUAUAUAUUUGAAGGUGUUCCUUUUCGUGAAGGUUGAGUUGGGAUUUUACCAUUUGGAUACAAGAUGGUUAAAGACACAGAAAUAUAGGAGUUUUGAUGAAGAUUUUAUUUAUUUUUCAAAAUUUGCUUGCAGCUCUGCAUGUGUGGUUUCUUUAGCAGAAAUGAGAAUACGUAUACUGUUAUUUUUGUAUUUGUUCGAAUAAAUCUUGGAUUUUAAAAAAAAA